UCAGCCAACAGGAAAACAUUGAUUAUCUCAAAGCUAUGGGAAGAAAUGUGUCAACUAAUGGUUGUAUCCUCGGUGUACCAAUCUCUCUAACUAAAAGUGGACUCUCUCAUUAUAUGAUCGAUAUUGAUCAACUCCAGCUCCACCUCAGGAAUAAUGUACAUAAACACUCUAAAUUCCUAACCCUUGCCAAAUUUCUCCCCAACAAAACAGCCCGAAUAAUUAGCUCAACAUACUUCGAAUCCACAGCAAUCUUUUUAGCACCCCUUCUCAUUCCCACACUUCUUAAUAAUCAUAACUCAUUCGACAAAAUCAAUCAGUUCACCGACACAUUAAUAAUCAAAUACUGCAACAAGACACCUAGACAACGAACCUUACCAUCCCUAGGUAUCUCCCAAUUUACACCUACAGCAUUUAAAGUAAUACAAAUAGGAUUGAAAUAUAUUCUCAACAGGAUGGACCAAAACAGUUACCUCUUCAUUCUCCUUUUGAACAAAUUUCCUAAUUACCUCCCUACAGUCCCAAACAACGUAAUAUGGUCAAACGCUAAAUUAGAAUCCCGCAGACUAUCGAAACAAUACAUGGAUCAAAUGUGGCUGAUGAAAACCGACCCAACAACGAGACUCAUAUCCAGAGAAUGGAUAACAUCGAAAGAAAGAACGAAAAAUAAUUGUACGACACGCUUAUUACUUGGAGUCUACGAUUUCAUCUUAACAAAAGAACCUUGUUCUUGUUCAUCCUUAUAUCGUGACUCAAUUCACCUAAUAACUACUUGCCCUAAAUACGACCACGACAGAGAAAAAAUUCGAGAAGAAAUGGAACGAUCAAAACAACAAAACAUCUUAAAAUUCUUAUUCAUUCACAAAAACUAUCACAUUGACCUUUUCCUUUCCAAAAUCAACCUGAAUGAACUCAACACCAAAACUAACAUGAUAAACUCCCCCACCCCAACCUAAAUACAAUCAUCAUCAAAUCAUAAAAUAAUUCUGUAAAACUACCCUUUUGUAUCUCAAAGGAAGCGCAAAAUAAUGCUACCUUUGCUCCAAGUGAGCACCCACCCAAUAAAAUUCUGGUUUGUUCUUUUUUUCUUUUGAUUGUUGUUACUUUUUCCUUUUUUUAAUUACGAUUAACUUGAUUUCUUUUGUCAUUAAUUAUUGUGUCAAUUGUUGUUCUUUAGAUGGUCUAAUGGUUUGAUUUUCUUGCCUUUUACGAUCCAAAGGAGUUGUUAACUUUUCUUACUUCACCUUCUGUAAAAAAUGUUUUGUUUUCUCUCUCUCUCUCACUCCACCAAUGUAUUUACCUUAAAGGACAUGAGCUUUUCUCCUGUAUAUGGAAUCUCUUGAGGCUCUUCACCAGGAUCAAAGUCUGUUAAUGCAACCGCUGCGAAAACAUUUGAC